AUGGCAGAUUAUCAGCAUAAGAGAAGCAGGGAUGUCACUGUAACAACUGCACGUAUUUAUAAUAUCGUUUCAUCUCGGCCUCUAUUAACAUCAGAUUCGGAAGGAAACAUUUGGAACCUACUUAUACAAAAUGUAAAAACAGAAUACACUCUAAUUGCGAGAGAAGUGACUUCAUUCAACAUAGAUGCUCGACUAGAAAGAUUAGUUCGGGAAAUAGAAUCAUUAGCCGUUGUUAUAGCAGGCGGAGCAUCACGUGACCAAAACGGCAUUUGGAAAUUAGGAUGUUAUCAAAGUUCAUAUGCAAAUUAUUCGUUAGUGUAUCAUGAGGGAUAUGACGAAUCAUUGCAUGAAUGUGUAUUUUGUGAUUAUAUAAGUGGUCCAUUUAUUUCAAAGACAAAUAUUUUGAAAAAAUAUAAUUUUGACACUAACAUGACCGCUAUUACAGUUUUUCAUGAUUUCUUUUUACGUAUUUCACAGAAUAAGUUUGAGUCUGUUGUUUGUCCAGAUUCAAUGUUUUAUGUGGAAAAACAAGAGAAGUCAGUAGAAUUGACUAACUGGUCACUUUUCACCAAUAAAUGGAUUCUGUUCCGUUUAAACAUUGGCGACGAACUUGACAUGAAGGUCGAUUGUAAAGAUCAAAAACAAAAGUGUCAUUCAAAUAUAGGUUUUAUGUCAGCGCCUUGUUGUCUACAAGAACUUACUGAUAUGAUUAAAUUUAUCAUGAAAACUUGUGAAGAAAAUGAUAUCAUUUGUGAAGCAGAUGGUGGGACUGUACUUGGAGCUGUCAAAUUCUACAAAGUCUUGCCUUGGGAAAAAGAUGCAGAUUUCAGAGUUUUAUCAUCAAAUUUUUCGUCUUUAAAGCAACUGGAACCCAUACUUUCAAAGAAAUAUGUGGUGGAAUUUAAGAAAAUGUGGAACGUUCGGUGUUUGAUUGUAGAUAGCACAAACUGGCAGCUUCAAAUGUAUGAGUUAGAUCCUAUGACUUCAGGAUUACUAGCAACAAAAGGGAUGAAGCCAACGAAAGUCUUUUUGGACGGCCAGUUAAUUCAGGUUCCUAGAAAUCCGGGUUUCUGGCUUCGAAAUGAAUUUGGAAACGAAAUAUAUGCCCAUGCUGAACACUGGGCGGUUCUAGGAAUAAAAAGACCUGAAAGAUAUAAAUCUAUGACAUUUACGUCAUGUCUACUAUCAGGACGCCAUGAUUGCUUAGAUACUUAUAAUGGAGACGGUAAUCUUCAAUUUACAAUGCACCUGCCAUAG